AUGGAUGAAAUGCGAGCAACCCUUGACUCCCUCAUGGGGAGGGAUCGCAAUGAAUACGGUGCGAAUGCGAAGAAGGGCGCAUCUUUUAAGGCGGAAUCGGUCUGCAAGUUCUUCUUGCUGGAUUUCUGCCCCCAUGAUCUUUUUCCAAACACUCGCGUUGAUCUAGGCCCAUGCGACAGGGAGCACCGGGCUGACCUGAAAGUUGCUUUCGAGGCAGAUCCAGAGAAGGAGUUCUACCAAGCGCUGUUUGAGACCGAAUUCGCACGCUAUCUGCAGCGUCUGGUAGAUCAGAUGGAGAACAGAAUUAAAAGAGUACAGCAGCGCAUAGACGCUAACAACCAGCCGGUCGAGCUGAGCAAAGAAAACGAAGAAAGGGUGAAUGCGAUGAACACCGAGAUUUCCGAACUUUUGAAGCAGCAAGAUGAAGCCGGAUCGAAGGGAGACAUCGACGCUGCAGAAAAGCUGAACGAGAAAGUUGCGUUUCUUCAACGGGAAGUGUCCAGGCUGAAAAACCCCAAUGCGGAUAUCGCCACUAUUCGCGAGUCUCAGUUGCGGGUGUGCGCGACCUGUGGGGCGAUGCAAUCGACUGGGGACGCGAUGUGCCGCUUCGAGUCACAUGUGUCGGGGAAGCAGCAUCGGGGUUGCGAGAAGAUUCGUUCAACUCUAGCAGCAUUAAAGGAGACAGAGGCGGAGCGUGAGGCAAUCCUCAAGAGGUACAAGGAGAAGCAAACGGAAGUUGCAGCAGCAGACAAACUCAGUAGACGCAGGGAAGCUGGACAGCGAGACAAAGAACUCGAAAGAGAGAGAGAAAGAGAUGCAGAUGAAAGAGGUGUUCAUAGAUACCGACAGCCGAGAGACACUUCCUACGGAGGAGGGGGGGGAUCGUACGACCGAUCCAGAGACAGAGAUAGGGACAGGGACAGAGACAGGAGAGACAGGGACAGAGACAGGAGAGACAGAGACUACAGAGACAGAGACAGAGACAGAUACUACAGAGAUAGGGACUACAGAGACAGGGACAGAUACAGAAGUGGAGACAGAGAGUUACAGCUCCAGUUAUAG